CGGGCGGGAGGAGCCGGGGCCGGGCGGGAGGAGCCUGGAUGGAGCGGGAGGAGCCGGCACCGGGCGCAGGCGCCGCACCGGUAUCCGCUGCUCGGCCGGGCCUGGCGGCUGUCCCCGCCGCCGCGCUGGCGCUGCGCUCCAUGGAUGGCGUUUUCCUGUCGCCCAGCGAGGAUGAGUUCGUGGGCAGGAUCGCGGAGGAGCUGGAGCGCUUCAUGGGGCAGGGCCAGCACCAGCGAGUGCUCCUGUUCCCACCCCUGUCCAGCCGCCUCAGGUACCUGAUCCACCGCACCGUGGAAAACAUGGAAUUGCUGAGCAGCUUCUCGGUGGGAGAGGGCUGGAGGAGGAGGACAGUCAUUUGUCACUCGGCCGUCAGGCUUCCCAACGAGACCUCGAGCGACCAAAAACCUGGGACCAACCCCCCUCGGCCGCAGCGCCCAGCGCAGCCCUGGGGCCGGGGGGGCCGGGGGGCCCGGCUGCGCCUCGCCGGGGACACCCACGGGGACAAUCCCCGCGCCUCCGUGGGCUCGGGCAGGAUCACCAGGCCGCCCAGGAAGAAGCCAGAGAAAGCCCUGUACGUGCCCAAAGGGAUCCGGAAAAAGGCCAAUUGGAGGGAGCGGGAGAGCCCCGGGGACGAGGAUGCGGCUCCAGGGGGGGAAAACUGCCCCAGAAAUUCCACCCGGGACACCCAGCAGGAGCUGGGCAAGGCUGGAGGCAGCCCUGGCAAGCAGCAGGAGCCGGAGGAUGUCCCAGGAAAGGGCAGCGCUGAGCAUCCCCUGUGUGAUGGGAAGGUGCCAUCCUUAGGGAAUAGCCGCGGUUCCCGUGAGCAGGAAAGUCGGGAUAAAGACUGUUCCCACUCCCCGUCUUCUGCACACGACAAACACCCACCCGAGGCCGGAGAGGAAGAGCCGAGCCACGCCAGCGCCGUCAUUCCAGAAGGCAGCGAAUUCCAGGGCCAGCUGCAAGAGGAGAACCAACCCAGCCGGGAUUCCAGAGGGUCGGAGUGCGGGAGAAGCUCCAUCCCUUUGGAAAACCACGGUGGCAGCAGGACAGACCCGGCCGUGACAGACCCGGUCGUGACAGAUGUGGCCGUGACAGACCCGGCCGUGACACACCUGCCUGUGACAGAUGUGGCCGUGACACACCCGCCUGUGACAGACCCAGCCGUGACAGACCUGCCUGUGACAGACCCAGCUGUGACAGAUGUGGCCGUGACAGACCCCCCAGUGCUGGAAACACUGCCGAGCAGCAGGGGCCUGGUGUCCCCCCCUGGCCAGCAGGAUUCCCGGAAUUCCGAGGGAGGCCGGGCUGAUUCCACGCCGGAGAGCCCCCGCGCUGGGCAGGAGGAGCAGAAACCCUUGCAGAAGGUUCUGGAAGGCCCAGGCGAGGAUCUGGCCGCUCCCGAGCCGCUCCCUGCUGGAGAUCCCGGCGCUCCGGGGCGGAUCCGCGGCAGGAAGGAGGAAGAGGAGGACGAGGAAGGCUCGGAUGUGGCUGAGGCGCUGGGCAGGGGCCUGGAUUUGGCUGCAGGGGACAGAGAGGGGACGAGGCAGAGCGGCCUCGAGGACGACUGCACAGCAGAGCUCCUGGCAGAGAUCGUUGGGAAUUUGACGGUGAAGGACAUCAGCAUCGAGAGGAUCAGCGUGGAUUACUGCGGCUACGGGGAGGCCCAGGUCAGCGAGGGGGACCUGGGCCACGUCACCGAGAUCUACGACUUCCCCUCGUCCCUGAAAACCGAGGACCUGCUGGAAAUAUUCUCGGAUUUCCACGAGAGCGGCUUCAGACUGCAGUGGGUGGACGACACGCACGCCCUGGGCAUCUUCUCCAGCCUCUGCACAGCCUCGCAGGCCCUGGGCCGUCGCUACCCGUGCCUGAAGCUGCGGCCGCUGCUCCACGCCUCGCGGCAGUCCAGGCUGAGGGCGCUGCAGAGACCAAAACUGCUUCAGCUGGGGAAGGAGAGGCCGCAGACGGACGCGGCGGUGGCCAGGCGGCUCGUGUCCCACGCGCUGGGCUGGAGGCAGCGGCAGCACGAGGCCGUGGACACCGAAGCUUUCCAGGCAGAGCCCUUGGAUCAGCAGGAAUAAUCCCCAAAAAAAAAAAGGCUGUAAAGAUGAGCAUGGCUGUGCUAUUAAACGCAUGCAGAGCAGGCAGUGCCACGGGGGUGUUCCUUUAGGGAGCAGCUUGGGAAGGUUGGGAAUGGGAAUUCCUGUUCGGGUUUUUUUGGAGCCCUGGGAAGCGCUGGAAUUCUUUGUUUCAAAGCUGGGGCAGCUGCAGGAACGAGGUGGUUUCUUUAUUCCUUAUUCCUGCUCUGUUCUCCAACAGACAAUAGGCAUUAAGAGUAAGAAAAUUGGGAUUUUUUGGGGCCAAAAUUCAACUCUAAGCAAGGGCAGGAGUUCAAAAAUCUGUUCCAAGUUUGUUGCGACGUUGCCGUUCAGAUAUCCCAGAAAACUGACAGGCAGUGAAUCCAAGUUUUGGGGAA